AAGCAAAAAAGUUAGGAUUGGUCCGUGUCGUCACGGCCAAGCCACUUCGGAAGUCUGCAAACAGGGUUAAAAAUACAAUUUCUCUAAAGACUAAGUAACGACAAGAGCAGGGGAUUACAGACAAACACACAGACGCUUUUAAAGUCAACACACAGACACCAAGUGCUCACCGCGCGACAUUACGUCUUCUUUUGAUGACGAGAUUGACUUAUCCCGCGUGGUCCACGGAUGUUCAUGCAGCGCGCAGCGCGGGAAAAGUGAGCAGCGUAGAUGUGAGGGUAACAUUUUUGUAAAAAAAAAUCUCCUAAACACACGACUAUGGAUCCCUCGGAGGUGGAGUUCCUCGCCGAGAAAGAGAUGGUGAAGAUAAUACCAAAUUUCAGUCUGGACAAGGUCUAUUUGAUCGGGGGUGACCUGGGUCCCUUCAACCCCGGACUGCCUGUUGAUGUCCCCGUGUGGCUGGCCCUCAACCUCAAACAGAGACAGAAAUGCAGAAUUGUUCCUCCUGCAUGGAUGGAUGUUGACAAACUGGAGGAGAUGCGAGACCUGGAGAGGAAAGAGGAUGCCUUUACACCUGUUCCCAGUCCUUACUACAUGGAGCUGACCAAACUGCUACUGAACUAUGCGUCUGACAACAUCCCUAAAGCAGAUGAGAUCCGCACGCUGGUCAAAGACAUCUGGGACACACGUGUUGCCAAACUCCGCCUCUCCGCCGACAGCUUCAUCAGUCAGAUGGAGGCUCAUGCCAAGCUGGACAACCUGACUCUGAUGGAGAUUAACACCAUACGAGCGUUCCUUCUUGACUCUCUCAACUGCAUGUACAAACUACGGUCCAAUCUGCAGCCUGGCUCAAGCAAGGGACAGUUCACGGACUAUUGAUCCACAAGAUCCAGACGAUCUUGUCCCGAGAAUUUGCGAAGGCUGGGGUUAAAGGCUUGGACUGAGGUGAGUAGGUACUCACCAGGCCCUUCAUUUCCCAAAAGACUGUUUUCUCAGAAAUCGAAUCUGAGAUUUACGUCAAUGUCUGAAGCGGAUUGAGUUUUACUCAGACUUUUUAAGGGGUUGUAUUAUUUUUUUAGAGCGACAUGCAUUAAUGCUCACACAUUAAAAGCACGUAGGCUGUACAUGUAUCUGCUCUUCGAAAUAUAUGCAUAUUUAAUUUAGGAUGCUCACUGUAGUUUAAAACUGCCACAAGUUUUGUACAUGUCAAUAAGUGACAAAAUAAAUAUAUUUGUAUCAAAGUGUACUUUUUUUUUGUUUACCCUACAAGUACAGAUUUUGUAUCAUUGUGCUGAAUGAUCAACUUUGUUUGUUUCCUCUGUGUGUAAUACUUCCUCUGCAUAUUUCAGAGCGCUCUAGUUGAGUGGUGUUUUGCAGGUUUGCCUGCAAAACUGUGGUAGAAGAAAGGAAAUGCAAACCUUUUUCUAGCAUCAUGCAUGCACACAGGAGGCAUAAGUGUUAUAUAGUUAUAAAGAUAAGUGAUUAGUUGACCAACUCUUGAAGCAAAAAAUGGUUUCAGCUUCAGUGUGGUUGUUUCCACUUGGCUACUUUAGUCUGAAUUUAACUGGACGAGGUCAAUGCUUGAGUUGAGGGCAACAGCAGAACUACUUUUCAAACUUGAAAUGUUGGUCUUGUGGAGUGGAAAGAAGCUCAAAUACUCAUCGAAAGCAAGUGACGUUAAUAUUGAUUGAAGUCAUGAUGUUAAACUAAUAAAUCACCAGCUCUACGAAGAAUCUUUGCCAGGAAGAGCUCAGGAUUAUCAGUCCUUUCUUUUUAAAUAACACGAUUUUACUAACUGCCCACCUACCGGCACCCACAAACAGACAAGGGUUGAUAUUUAACAUUUUUGAAAUAUUUUAUUUUCUUUUUUGUCUGAAAUCACAGCCAUAUAUUCAUAAAUACCUAAUUACUACAUUCAACAAAGAAUAUAUUACAUUACAAUGAAUUCAAACAAGUACAUUUUAAAAACAGGAUUUCACAGCAUCUAGACAUCCUCCACUGAGUAAUGGGGCUAUUGCAUGGGCGUGCGUGGGUUGGAGACACAGGGAGGCUGGGUAAGGGGCUCACCGUACUGCACCUUCCUCCCCAGGUCAUUGGCAGCUUACCUCAGCAUGCGUAGUCUUGAUCCUCUGAACUGGCUUGGGCCUCACUUAUAAAAUGGUCUCAUGAUCACAUGGAUUUAGAUAAAGAAAUUUGGUGUUGGUUCUUGACAUGCACAUAUUUGAAAGGUGUGAGACAUAUAGUAGACGCUUCAAUGUAAAAAUCCCUGAUCACUGAUGUGUGUAGAAUGUCCCAUCGUGUGUA